GUCAAUCGCGAGGAUGUCGUCCUAUUGCUCAUUGAUCACAUCCCAUUCCCCUCUUGCAGCAGGAGAUCGUGACGAUCACAGCUUGUUUCCCCUCGCUUUGUCUGGGGAAUCGACGGAUGUCACGGUACAGAUCUGAGAGAGAGGGGGGGGGGACGGAGGCAUUGUCCAAUGUCCACACUGGAGGAAAGAAAAAAAAGAAAACAAAGCAAAAUCAAAGCAGCAAGUCAGAAGUCCGGCAAGGCCCGAAAAUCUGGAACCGAGGCUGCCCGUCACGCAGAGAAGCGGAAACGAAACCAUGGGUGGGUGUGGCACGCACCGGCUCCACCCUGGCAGAGUGCAUUGUUUUUCUGCUCCUGUCAGCUCGGUCUGGAAGAGGACCUGCGUCCAGCUUCCCGGUGGUAUUAACGAGUGUACAGUACUUGAUUUCUGCGUUUUGUGCGUACAUCUUUCUCUACAAUUGCUGUUGUUCGAAGUCACGCAGGGCAUACGCCUGCGGACUACUCGUAAGACGGUGCAGACCCGAGGGGGUGGGGUCAAAGUGAAGCUAGAAGGGAGGAAGGAAAGAAGGAAGGUCAAGUCGGAAGCCGAGCAACCGAAAGGAUUCACAGAGUUCAGGUAGAGAAUAAUAGUCCGGGUCAGGAGUCGAAGUUCUAUGCAGGUUAAGCUUUGUCACGGCUUGCAGGAACAGAAG